GUUACAGAACGAGAUGAGUACUAUCUCACACUCUGAAUCUUGAGCAUUUGAUGAGCUCUUCUAUUUGCAUUUACAUUAUGCUUUUGCUAAUGAUUUUUAGAUUUGGUUAUGUGGGAGGGAUGUAGUGUUACUGAAAUAUUUUGAAACUUUAUUAGGAUCAAAUUUUGUAAGAUAAAAUUGAGACAAUGUUGAUGACUUUCCUGACUGGAUUUUGAUUUUGAAAGUUUGCAUUCCAUCUGCAGGACAAAAGUUGUAGAGGAUAAGAUAGAAGAUCUUCCACCAGCAAGUAACACUUUGGUUGGCGACCCAUCUACCAUGAAAUAUCCUGAAGAAUCUGAAUGGGAUGAGUUUGGUAAUGAUUUGUAUGCUAUUCCAGAAGUCCUUCCUGCUCAGUCAAGCAGUUCAGUGGUAGAUGUUUCUCCUGCAAAUAAGGUUGAUGAGGAUAGCAAGAUUAAGGCUUUAAUUGACACACCUGCCCUUGACUGGAAUCAUCAAACACAAGAAGGUUAUGGUGCUGGAAGAGGCUUUGGUAGGGGAAUGGGUGGGAGGAUGAUGGCUGGUCGUGGUUUUGGCCGAGGUGGGCUGGAGCGAAGGACACCUCCAGCAGGCUAUGUUUGUCAUAGAUGCAAAGUGCCAGGUAAUUUUAUCCAGCACUGCCCCACAAAUGGUGAUCCAAGUUAUGAUGUUAAAAGGGUGAGACCCCCAACUGGCAUUCCUAAAUCAAUGUUAAUGGCAACUCCUGAUGGUUCCUAUGCAUUGCCUGGUGGUGCUGUUGCUGUUCUUAAGCCAAAUGAGGAUCUGUCCGAUUUAGGCAUCGUGGGUAUGAACCAGGGGCAUGGAUAUUUGACCAGGUAAGAAUUUGAGGCUAAGAAAACUGAUCUAAGAUGGAAGCGUGACAAGGUAGAAGGGUUUUUGCCCUCUUCCUUCUGAAGGUCCUUCAUCGGUUGAAGAAACCCGGGUCCGGCUGCUGGCAAUGGAAAACGGAGAAGACAGAGACAAGUUAUUAGAGCUUUACGAGAUCCUUCACCUUCAUCUGGCGAAUGUCCGGCUGGUAGAUGCUGACAAAAUCUAUGAGGCGUUCCUCUACAAGAAAAAUAGAGCAGAAACAGU